AGCGGCCGUCGGGGUGGCCAUGGUGCUACUGUUGCUAGUGGCCAUCCCGCUGCUGGUGCACAGCUCCCGCGGGCCCGCGCACUACGAGAUGCUGGGUCGUUGCCGUAUGGUGUGCGACCCGCACGGGGCCCGAGGCCCGGGGCCCGACAGCGCGCCAGCUUCCGUGCCCCCCUUCCCGCCGGGCACCAAGGGAGAGGUGGGCCGGCGGGGGAAGGCAGGCCUGCGGGGGCCCCCGGGACCGCCAGGCCCCAGAGGGCCCCCAGGAGAGCCAGGCAGGCCAGGUCCCCCUGGUCCUCCCGGCCCAGGUCCAGGAGGCGUGGUUCCUGCUGCUGGCUACGUGCCUCGAAUUGCCUUCUACGCUGGCCUGCGGCGGCCUCAUGAAGGUUACGAGGUGCUGCGCUUCGACGACGUGGUGACUAACGUGGGCAACGCGUAUGAGGCAGCCAGCGGCAAGUUCACUUGCCCCAUGCCGGGUGUCUACUUCUUCGCUUACCACGUGCUCAUGCGCGGCGGCGAUGGCACCAGCAUGUGGGCAGACCUGAUGAAGAACGGACAGGUCCGGGCCAGCGCCAUUGCCCAGGACGCAGACCAGAACUACGACUACGCCAGCAACAGCGUCAUUCUACACCUGGAUGUGGGAGACGAGGUCUUCAUCAAGCUGGACGGCGGGAAGGUGCACGGUGGCAACACCAACAAGUACAGCACCUUCUCCGGCUUCAUCAUCUACCCAGACUGAGCUGCCCACCCCCGCCCCGCUCCGGCCCCGCUCCCCCUUUCAUUCCCUUCCUUACCCAUCUCCAGCUGGCCCCACCCAAGGCACCACCCCAUCCUUUGAGAACCUGGCAGUGGGGUGGACCCUCUUGCUCCCAGAGGUGGCCUAAAUGGACAGACUUGGUGCUUAAGGGUAGAAGUCGCUGGGGAGGGGAGAGGGCGGGGCUGGAGGAGGAGCAGAAGGGCAUCCCAAGGGACUGCCAGCAUCCACUGUGCGCUUGUGAAAGUCGGGUCCAGAGCGGGGUGGAGGUGGUGGCUGUCUCUUUUGUCCAGAGAUGGGCAGCUGUUUCACUAGCCAGGGCUCAGAAAGCUGAAGGGAAGCCCUGGCAGCUUGGGAGGGAAAGAACAGAAACAGAAGGAGCCCACCUAGGCGAGAGGAGACAUUAAGGCAGGGUAGGGCUGGUUCUGUCAUGACAGCUUUCUCUUGCCAUGCCCUCCUCCCCUCAUCUCCACUUUCAGGCUCCAGGCUCCAGCCUUGGCAGCUUUUCUGUGAACUGGAAGAACCAGUGAACUCUUUCCUGGCAUUUAAAACUCAUUCUGUACAGUCCCCAUUCCACCCCUAUCCGGGCUAGGCUCGGGGGCUACAGCUGCUGUUGCCUCUUCCAAUAA